AUGCAUGCCACUCUAACAAUGAAGAUCACAAUACUCCGAACUAACUGUGUGGAGGGCGGUUGGUUGAUUUUUGUCCAUGUCUCAUAUACCGGGCUUCGUCCGGCGUUUGCUCAGUUCAAGAACUCUAUCUCCGCGCGUGAAGAGGCCUCUCGGCGACUAAGCAGAAUGUUUCAUGAUGUGUAUGGAAGCAUUUCUAAACUAGAAAUCCUAAGGUAUCCACUGUCAAGGAUCGAUUCUAGAAACUCGAGAAUUUUACUGGACUUCCAGUUGCAGCUCCAUGACCUCGAUUCCACAUAA